UUUUUUCCUUUUGAACCUGAAUUACACUGUUGUGAAAUUACACUGUUGCCUUCAGUCCCCAAAAGUAUUCCUGGGUUAGUGGGGUUGGCUACUAGUUAUACUGUUUUAAAGGUAUUUGACUAUCCCAUUACAAUACAGAAAAUUGAACAGUGUAGUACCACCUUUGAUGAAUUGGCACAUAUGAAAUGGAAAAUAGUCUUAGAAUAACUAUUAAUAUAUAUUCUUAUGUCUAAUGAAAAAAAAAAAGAAGUCAAAAACACACAACACCUGCACACACACACACGUGUCUGUACGCUCACGUACCCACACAGACACACACACACAUAAGUGUGCAUACUCACACUCACACAUACACACACACACACACACACACACACGCACACACAGAUACAUACCGACAUUCACAUCUCCCCUGUGAUAUAACUCGCUGCAGAUGAGACCUGGGCUCGUGUUGUGAAACCGCGCGCUCUGACUUGGCCGCCCUGCUCGGCUCUUCUGGCGCACGUGCAUCUUUUCCACCGUGCAGAAGCGCUUCAGAGCGGGGACUUUCCACGCAUGGGUCCUCCUGUUCCUGUGCUGUGACACAUCUCCUCUCCUCGUCACCGCCAGUGCAGCGCGAGUGACUCACUGCGCCUGGAGGGGCUCUGUUUAAGGUCUCUCUCUCUCUGUCUCUCUCUCUCUCUUCUUCUCACUUUCUCUCCCUUCCUGUUUUCCUCUCCUUCUCUCAGAAGCCUGACAUAGGGAAAGAGGGGAGGAGAAGCGGAAUAAGAGUGUGAGUCGUCUCCAGCGUCCUCACAGACUGCCUGCACAAUCAGGGGUUUUAGUUACUUUCAUGCCAUGACCCCCCGAGAGCACCUGAGGAAGAUGACCGCUCUGGGAGAGCAGGGUCCUAUCGACGAGAAGCACUGGUACCGCAUGGUCAACGGCAUAUCUGCAGGGGAGCUGAGGCAGAGGCAGGAGAUGAUGAUGAGGAAUCAGAUGGCCAUGGCUCCACAGCUCCUGGCUCAGGGUCAGCAACGGCUGCAGGCGUCCCGCGAGCUGGUGAACCCCACUGAGAUGGUGCCCUCAGAUGCCCGACAGAUCCACAUGGGUGCCCACCUUGGUCCUCCCUUGGCCCCCCACGGCAACGUUGUGCCCACCAGAGGAUUCCCAGGAGCAGGAUAUGGCUUCCUACCUUCAGAGCCCAUGGAGACAGUUGCCCGGCGACAGGAGAUGCUUCACAAGCAGAAUAUUGCCAGAAUGGAGAUGAAUGCCAUACUGCACCAAAAGGAGAUAGAGAAUGCCCACCAGAAGGGGCUUUUGGGUAUUGAGUCCCCUAUGAUGUUCCAAGGUAUCCCUCCAAACAGUAUGGUGUACAGGGGGCGCCAGAGAGUUCCCGAGGGGCACCUUCCCAGUGAUGUCUAUGUCCACCGCACCACUCUAGAGGACCUGCAGGCCAACAGCCUGCUCAUGUCUGCCAGCCCUUAUCCACCAAUCAGCACACUGCAGAGAGAGAGAGGGCGGAGGACCAGCAGGAGGGCAGCCAACCACAAGGCCGCAGACAGCAACUCAUCUGGCUCUAAGGGCCAGUUGGAGGACAAGAGUGUUGAGCAGAGCCCGGGGGCCUUGGGGGAGGAGAAGGAGGCAGAAGGGAAGGGUGAGCCAGGGAGCGAGGGGAUGAACAAGGCAGAUCUGACCAAGAUGGACGCCGAGCUGCCAUCUGGCAGUGGGAAAAACUACAAGGACUGUGAGUCUGGGCUGCGCAAGAACGGCGUCAUCAGCCAGGAUGGCUGCGCAGACGCUGCCACCUGUAACCCGGGCCCUGGGGACAAGGGCAUGCCCAACCCCUGCUCCGCUUUUCACGAGAAGUUCAUGUACCCCUCCUCCUCCGCCCCACUCCCAAACACACCCUACAUGUUCCCAGUGCCGGGCAACGGACUCCUGCCUCCCGGGCCCCACAGUGUUUUUCUGAAUGGUGAGGACAUGUCAUCCGCUGAAGACCUCCGGAAAUGGACCGUGGAAGACGUGUACAACUUCGUCAACAGCAUCCCCAGCUGCUCAGAGUACGCUCAGACGUUCAAGGAUCACCUGAUCGACGGAGAGACUCUGCCCCUCCUCACCGAGGAGCACCUUUUGGACACGCUGGGGCUGAAACUGGGCCCAGCGCUCAAGAUCCGAUCCCAGGUCUCUCGGAGGCUGGGAAGCAUGUUCUACGUGAUGAACCUGCCGCUCGCCUCGGCUGCCCUGCAGGCCAACCCAGAGAAGGCAGGGGACCGGUCUUCAGAGGUCAGCUCCCCUCUCAACUGUAACAGCGUGGAGAUGUUGGGCAGCCCCUGCGUCAGGGACACGGAGAGCACCAAACCCCCCGAGGAGAACCCCCCUCCGCAGGCCCCGGGUGAAACCGCAUGAGGAGCAGGGAGACGCGGCGCGGAGCAGCGUGCGUUGGGCUACGGCCCCGUUGCUGUACAAUGCAAACUACCCCCUCAGACUCAGGUUCAGCCCGUCGUUCCCCAACAAAUACGUCCCCGCCGGGAAUAACUAAGUACCACAACAACAUUGCUGACUGGACAGAUCCGCACGGGUUUAAUCAGCUCUGUUUCCAAAGCACUUGGUACUUUAAACUGACACGAUCUCUUCAGAACAGUGUGAACCUGGGAACAAGCUAAUGAAAAGCGUGGAGCAGUAAUGCAGUUUUUGGCAGCAAUGUUCAACAUAGAGUAGCAUUUACAAAUCCCCAGUGGUUGAAUAAAAUGCAAUGAAGUAAAGUAGUCGCAUCAGAAAGGACAUGCAAAAGGAAGACUAAUACCAAGUAUGGAAAGCUGUGACUUCUUGUUUCUUGUAUGUUAAAUUACAGGCUGUCUUGAGUACUGCGUGUUGUGUCAGUUGUACAAAGAAAACACUUUUUUGUAACUUAUAGUUUAUCAUGAUUGCUUUGUGAUAAAUUGUUUUUUAUGAGGA